AUGCGUGGAUUUAUUGUUAUGUGUUUGUGUGCCGUAUCCUUGGCUGCCCCUCAGGGUUACCAAUACAACCCUCAAAGCGUGGGUGGAGCUGCAGUUGGUAUUCAACAACAGCAAGUUGCUUCCUUUGGAUCUAAUUUCGGGGGCGCCUCAUCAUCAUCCGUCUCCAGUGCAGGCGGUUUCUUCCAAGGUGGUCACGCCGUCGCUCAACAACAGGCCUUUGGCGGUCAUCAGCAAGUCCAUCAUCAGCAACAGCAACAACACCAACAGCAACAGCAAGCCAUUGUCUCUAAACGUUUCUUCAUCCACUCUGCCCCCGAGGAUGUGGAAGAGGAUUUCAAAGAAAAACACAUCACUGUCGGCGUUCCCAAGAAGAACUACAAUGUGGUGUUCAUCAAAUCACCCUCCAAGUCCAACAAGAAGACUGCCAUCAAAAUUAGCCCUGCUCCCACCGAAGAGAAGACUGUCAUCUAUGUGCUCAGCAAGAAGACCGAUGCCUCCGACAUUCAAGCCGAGGUUGUCGAACACGCCACCACCACCGCCAAGCCCGAGGUCUUCUUCAUCAAGUACAAAACCAAUGAGGAGGCCAACCAUGCCCAAGAACAAAUCCAAGCCCAAUACGAUGCCUUGGGCGGAAGCUCUCAGGUCAGUGAUGAGGGUAUUGCUCCCGUCACCUCUGUCAUUGGUGCCUUGGGUGGUGGCAACGCUGCCGAAGCCGGAACCGGUUCAGGUGCCGUCAGUGCCGGUCAGUCUGCGGGCGGUAGCUUUGGUGGCGUCUCUGCUGGUCACGGCGGCCAAGCCAGUAACAAUGCCUACUUGCCACCUAAUUUCUAUUAA